UAGUGAACGGUGGUUGCUCCAUCAAGUGAUAUUGGAUGUUGUGAUAAUUCGAACCUUGGCCUGAAAGAAAAGAAGCAAUCUCACUGUCUCUCUCUCUAAGCUAGCUAUCCAGAAAGAACUAAAUCAAUCGCAUCGAUUGGUUAAACUAUUUCGAGAACGAACUCAAUCAAUCAAAUCGAUUGGUGUUGGAGUGAUUAAUUUGUUAAUUAGCUAUGGAAGGAUGCCCCGCCCAUGCCUUCAGCUACAACCGUUCGCAGUGCGCCUGCAUCCCCGGCUACUUGUUCAACUCCACCACCAACAGCUGCGACCUCUUGCCCGAGGUUGGCCCACCUCUGGAGCUCAGCAGCGGCGUCGAAAACUACGAUUCACUCCUUUCCUUCCCGGAGACCAUUUUAUCCUUCGACUCCAUCAGAAAGUUCACUCAGUCUCAGGCGGUGUUUCUCGAGGCCACGCUCGUCAUGCUUCUCUGCUGGCUCGGAUUCUGCCUCCUCAUGCGCCUCUUCCCCCUAGCCUCAGACGGCCGUUCUCCCUGGUUUAAUAUUCGAUGGUGGAUUAGCCGUCUCGAUAUCUCUUUCGCCACUCGCCACUGGCUGCACGACCAGGAGCCCCUUGUCAAACGCAAGACCGAGCUUGGUGGCGCUUUCUCCAUUGCAAGCUGGAUACUCUUUAUAGGCUUGUUUGCUGCGUUGCUCUACCAAUUUAUUUCGAGAACAAAUGUCGAGGUGCACAACAUCCGAGCUGUAAACGCGCCCGACUUGGCUUCCUUCUUGAAUGACUUUGAAUUCAACAUCACUACAAUCUCCAACAUGAGCUGUGAGCAGUUGCGUGGUCUUGACACUGUGGUUACAGGAAAUCCUCUCUUUAUUGAAAAUAGAGUCUACCCACUUUCAUUGUUUGCCAAUGCUUCUUGUCUCAACACCACCUUAGGACCAUCCGUAUCUCUUAGGUGCAAUAGCUGCCGGCUCUUUAGAGACUUCACCUACAUUUCGUGGUAUUUCGUUGAUAUCCCUAAUAGUCCAGCUAUUGCCAUCGGUUUUCAGUUUAACCUUACUGCAAAGAACCAUGGCAGCAACAAGCAUUUGAGUUUUGUCAGUGGAUUUUUGAAGAAUUCCAGCGAUUCUGAUGGCAGACCAGUUACAUAUAGAGGGGCUGUGCCAAAUAUUCUGAAAUUCAAUCUGUUCCCUAGAUUAUACCGCAACUUGCGUGAUUUAAAGCUCAUCCAACCUCUGUUUCAAGAUUUUCUCCCGGGUUCGUAUUUUGGGGAUGUAAAUCAGCUUCGAGCAUCUCUUGAGAGCUCCAGCAAUGGAUUAAUCAAUACGACAUUGUGUAUCAACUUCCUCUCUUCGUUUAUUGUUGAGAUCGACAAUCAAAAGAUAUCAGGUCCCGUGAGCUUCCUUGCUGAUCUGGGUGGCCUUUACUGCAUAAGUAUCAGUAUAUUUUUCUGCUUCUUGGUGCAAUGUGAAUACAGAAUCAAGAGGCUUCGUAACGAGGACAAGUUAAUGAUGACAAUUAGAAAUCGCACAAAAGCCCAAGAUCGGUGGGACAAAUUGAGAAAGUAUGUGAGGUACACGUGGGGAUCUUGCUCAUUGGAUGACGGCAGAAGUGGGACAGACAACACAUGCUGCUCUGGACUUAUGACCAAACCCUUCCAUCAAAGUGGGGCAUCACGUAGACGACGAUUGCAGGGAUUUGAUGGCAUCAGUUUUAGCCAAAAGGUCCCCAUCUCCAAUCAUAAUGUGCCGCAGAAAGCUCAACCUCAACCAGAGCAUGUUCAUUGUCUAGAAGUCACAUCUUGCGUAACUGAAGGUGACAGAGACCAAGAAAACAAUCACCUUUCUCAGAAUGUAAACCAGUAAGUUCAUUCUGUCUGAUGGAUUUUUGUUGGGUGACCAAUCCUAUAACUAAAAAACGACACUUUUCUCCUCAUGUCAAGGUGUAAACACAAUGAAAAGAAAAGGAAGGGUGUGAUUACAUUUUCCCUCAAAUCGUCGUUUUCUGCUGAUAUGUUUGAGAAAUCUGAAAAGAGGAAUAUUAUUUCAAAU